AUGUCAUUCCUCUUUUCGCCCCUUCCGCGCCGCACCCCGCAGGACUUGUUUGAAUCGCACUGCAUAUCGCCAGCGGACUACCACGCGGCCAAGCUGGCGCUGAUCCACCGCCUCGCAGCGCAGGGGGCGGACAUAGACGACACGGAUUUCUACCUCGGAUCGGCCGGCCCCAACGCGCCCUCCCUCCUCCGCAACAGCCGGCCGUCCCUCCACAGCCCUCCGCCCUCCGGCGCUCCUCCUUUCUCUCUCGGCGAUUCUCUGCGCCGCAGCGCCGGUUCUAGGGGCGCGCUGUUGCGCGCAAGCCGCAGCAAAGGGCGGGGGGAGCGGGAAUGGGAGGCGGAAGAAGCGGAGCAGGAGUACGUGGCGGUAGCGACGGAGGCGGACCUCACACCAGGCGCCACUCAUUUCGCCCGACCACACGCCGAUCCCCCCCGCACCCCUGCUCCCACCUUUCCGCCUCCUCCGCCCCCACCCAGCGUCCCCGCUGCUGCAGCGGAGGAAGCGGCCGUUGCCAAAAAGAGGGAGCAGUUGGGGGGCGCUGGGGAGAGAGUGAAUGGGGGGGGGCAGCGCAAAGUGUAUGGUGCGCCCCAGGGUUUGGCGGACGACACGUGGGGACUUGGCUCUGGCGGCUUUGGCGACUCGUGGGGAGGCGCGCGCAACCGAGAAAGUGGACGAGAGGCGCAGGGUGGCGACGCGGGUGUGGCGACGUACGCUGUAGGCAGAGAGAAGCGGGAGAAUAGGGCGGAUUCAAGAGUUGCGCCUGCGCAUGCGCCUGCGGAUCUGCGUGUCCACCAACAGGCGGAAGCAGGGAAGAAGCGCGCAACAGGGGCAGCCGUUCACAAGUUCCGCCGACCCAUGGCGGCUGCCGCAGGCCCUCCGCCCGCUGCGGAGCAGACGCCGCUGCAGGCCAUGCUGGCGGCGGGGUGGCGCAUGUGGUCCGGUCGCACGGAGAAAGGCGCAGUGCAAGGGGGAAAGGGGGCGGAGGCGGGGGAAGAGACGUGGGUAGAGGAGGUGGUGAUGGUGGAGGAGGUGGAGGCGGAGGAGGAGGUCGGCCGGCCCGCGAGAGGCGCGAUGGCGAGUGGCGCAAGGCAACAGGAGCGCUCAGGGGAGACUCUGCGGGGAGACGAUGGGGGCGGAGGCAGAGCGGGAGGGGCGGGGAUGAGGUCCGCGGGAGCGGCGAGGGAACGCAGCAGGCAGGAGUGCGGAACGAACGGUCAAUCCGCGCGAGAUGCGGAGGGGACGCGGUGGGGUCACGACACAGCUCCAGCAGGACGUGCGCAUGUUGACGCGCGCGUGGGGGAGGGGGACGAGAUCCGCGCGGAAGUGCGCGAGGAGAGGCAGGAGCACGCAGCGCAAUGGACAGCCAACACGCCCGCCACGUGGAUGGCGAGCGCGCUGUCCGAGGGCGAAAACCCCGUGUCGGAAGGCGGCUCCGCGCGAGUCGACCUCUUCGCCGCUGGCCGCUUUCAGCGCCAGGCGGCGCGCGGAGUGGUGCAGGCUCUCAGGCUCGGGGACGCCGAGCUGAGAGGGGGCAGGGUGAAAGCGGAGACAGUAGGGGAGAUUGCGGAGGAACCCGCAACGGAGGAAGACGAGGACCUCGGGCUGAGGGACGAUGGCGGGAACGCGGCGGCGGGGGAAAGCGCGCCUGCUCCCACCCCCAUGACAGCGCCGCGAGCCUUCAGCUUCAGGCGGCCAGGCGGUGUCACGCGGCCCGCCGACCUCGAAACGCCCCCCGGAAAACGCCCCCCGCCCCAGCCCUACCCGUGGGCGGGGAAGCGCGCGGACGAGGAGGGCUUGGCGGGCGGGCCGAGCGGACGGCUGUCCCGCGUGGAGGAGCGGAGGUCGUGCGGGGAGGGCAGCGACUGGUGCGCGGAGGAAGGCGAACGACCGCGCGCACCUCAACCUCCCGCCGCGGAGAGGAUGGCGCAAGAGCCUGAGCUAGUGACGGCCGGGGCGGAGGAUGAGCGGACGGGCUUGGGCAAGGGGAGCCGCCGUCGCCCGGGCGAGCCCCGCACUGGCGGAACCAUUUUCCGCGGAAUCAUGCGGAAGAUCUCCGCGCGUGACCUGGGCGCAGCGGCCGCCGCCGCCGUGGCGAAGGUGGACUUCACUCCGCUCGCCACCGCCGCGCGCCUGCCCAGCUUUGCGCGCACCAUGAGUCGCGGAAAGGGCGCAAGCAGCCGCGCAGCCGCGGCGGGGGGUCUACUGAUGCCGCCGCGCAAGCUGCAGAUCGAGGGGUUGAAGAAAUCCCGCGAAGGCGCGGGAAGGCGGUCGCGCGAUCCGAGCAGGCGCAGUCGCGCGGCGAUGCGACGGUCGGCGCGGUCGAGCAGCAGCAUGGCGAUGGCGAUAGGCGACGACUACGACGACGAUGACGUGUCGUUCUGGGCCGGCGGGGAGCGACGAUCGCGCGUGCUGCGGGUGGCGGGGGAUGAGGAGUUGGUGCACGCUGAAGUAGAGGAGGAGGAGGUGGAAGAGGAGGAGGAGGUGGAAGACGAAGAGUACGAGGAAGAAGAGGAAGACGGGGAUGAGGGGGAGGAGGAGCAACGCGAGGCGACGCCAGGAGUGGCGUGGUCGGUGAACGUGCCCGCAGCCAAGGCGCGCGCCAGGGUGAGCGCGCGGAAGCCGCGGAAGGAGGUCACUCCGCCGGGGCUGCGGGGACGCGGGGAGCAGGCCUAUGAGACGUUCCCUGCGGCGUCAGGGGGAGUGGCGGCGGAGAGUGCGGCAGGGGGGGAGGACGAGGGGGAUGGGGACAGAGAAUCAGCAAUGGCAGCGGCGGCGGCAGCCAUUGGCUUAUCUCCUGCGCUAUCCGGCGUGGUGGGGAUGGCUGGCAGGGCAGACGCGGGGACGGGGAGAGGAGCUGCAUGGCAGCAGGCCCACCAAAAGCACGCAUUUUCCUUUGUGUACCGCCCGUGUGCGCCGUGCAGGGAUGAUGAGAUGACAGCAGUGGCCAUGCGCAUGCCUGCCGACAGAGCAGAGCUCCUCAAGUUCUUCCCACAGCGGUGGGUGGAGCUGUUCGGAGUGGUGGUGCUGGACGUGGUGCAGAAGGAGGUCAGCCGCCAUGUCGCCCCGCUCAAGGACCCCCCGCCUCCACCACCUCCCCCCGCUGCUGCAUGCGCGCCUGCCCACCCUCAUCCCCACCCACAUGCCCACGCGCCAGUGCAAGCCCACAUGCACAUGCAGGUGCAUGGCGAUGCAACCCCAUGUGUCCCCGGGCAUGGCCGUGGGAGUGGGGCGACGGCAGCAGCAGGGGGUGCAGUGCAGGGAGCAGGGGUUUCCACUACGGGUGAUGGCGCGGAUGUGGUUGAUGCUCGCCCUCGCACGCACGGCGCUGCUGCUGUGCGGAACACGUCAGCAGUGGCAGUGGGAGGAGAGGCAAGAGCAGCAGGCACUGGUGGUGGUGCCGGUGGUGGUUCAGGUGGGGUGCAGUUUCAUGGUCAUGCAGGCCCGUCUAGACACUACCGCCCACCAUCCCCCCACCAUGCCACUGCCAACAGUGCAAGCGGUGGCAGCAGGACCACCCCUCAUCCCCUUGACUGUGCUGCUCCGGAGCUUGCUUCGUACAAGCAGCCCUGCGCGCCACCAGUAGCAGCAGCAGCAACACCAGCUAUGGCACCUGCAGCAGCAACAAGACCAGCUCCAACAGCAGCAGCAGCAGCAGCAGCAGCAACAACACGGCCAGGGUCGGGCGGCACGAAGACGGCUCAGCGCCCCCAGCACUACCGGCGACCUUCCCUUGCGCCCCCUGAUCGCUUCUCCCCGACCAUGGCCCCCCCUGUUGCCGCACUGGCGGUGGAAGCACAAAAGAAACAGGGGGAUGCACGUGGUGGCUUUGCAGCAGAGGCAGCGGCGGCAGGCAGUGUGGCAGGGAGCAGGGCGAGCGGCAGCAGCGGAAUGGGAUAUGGGGCGCCGGCACAACCCCUGGGCGAACGGUGUGUUAACGUGGGGCAGGGAGUGGGGCGAGGGAGCUAUGGCAGCCGGGAUGGGAGCACGAGGGAGGGGUGCGACGGCAGCAGGGAUGGCAGUAAGUGGAAGGUGUGGGGUCAAGGGGCCACGGAACGAGAGGGCGCGGGGGGAUUUGAGGAGAGAGAGAGUGUGGUGGCGCCUGUGCUGGACAGCCUAGACAACCCGCUGCUCAACUCCAUCGCCCCUGCUGCUGUCCUUGCUGCUGCUGCUGCCGCAGGCAAGGAGAACGUGGGUGUGUUUGCAGCGGGGAAGGCAGGCGGUGCGGGUGGAGCAGCAGGUGCAGGGGUGGCAGGUGCAGGGCCGGCAGCAGCGAGGGUGGGAGGAGCAGGCAGAGGGCCCAUGAUGGGUGACAGGCCCCCGCCCACCUUCACAGGCCGAAAGCCCCGCGCCCCUGCGCCUGCUGUUGCUGCUGUAGCUACUGCUGCCGCUGCUGCGCCCUCUGCUGCAGUGCCCAGCCCAGCGGUGGGCACUGCGAGGAAGCCUGGCACACCCGCUGUGCGUGCCACUCCGGCUGCUGCUCUCACUGCUGCCGUGGGCAGGGCAGCAGGCAGCGCUGCCAAGGAGAGUGCAGCGCGCGAGGAGGGUGGGCAGGCGCGUGACAUUGGGAAGGGCAGAGAGCAAGUUGUGUCACAGCGACAGGUGGAGUCAGCAGCUGCAAGAGGAGGGUCAAGCGAAGCAGCAGCAAGAGGAGGAGGAGCAGCGGCAGAGAGAGGGCCGGCAGGGGACAGUGGUGGUGCAGGUGUGCAGGUGUCAGGACAUGUAAGCAGCGCGGGGCACAGGAGGAGUGACGAGAGGAGUGGGCAGGGGCACAGCCAUGGUGAGGCAGCAGGCACGGCCGGCAGGGUACGGGAGCAGGAGAGGGUGGGGAACGUGAGGCUGAGUGGCAGCGGUGGUAGCUUCAGGCAGCGCGCUGCAGCAGCUGCGGUGGCCGCCAUUGCUGCUGCCAGUCCCCCUGGGCAUGCAAGCGUGCGUGGCAGCAGGGGAGAUGCGCAGGCAGUGAGGCAGGCUGGCACUAAUGAGGGUGCGCGAGAGGAGAAGGGCAACAGCACGGCUGAUCGUGGUGGUGGUGCUGUGGGUGGUGACAGUCAAGCGAGGAUGGCAGAGAGCUCGGUUCUGGAAAGAGGGGCAGGAGGAGGAGGGGAACAGGGUGGGGCAGCAGCGGGAGGAACAGAGGGAGGAGGCGCAGUGGAUGGGGCAGCAGGCGCGGGUGCGAGGGCAGCAGUGCAGCGCAAGCCAAGGCCAGCCACGUGGAGCAAGGGCACGGUGGCCGCUGCUGCUGGCCCGCGGCGCACCCCACGGCCGUUCAACAUGGGCAGUGCAGGGCGCGCGGGCACCAUGGCACAGGCGCAUGCUCAGAUGCUGCUGGCCCACGGCAGUGCCUCGCACGGCAGUGGCACCAGGCCGGGGGGCAGGGGCGCUCCAGGCAGUGGAGGGCCGGGUGGCAGCAGGGGAGGCGUGCCGCAGCAGGGGGGGCAGCAGGAGGCAGGGCAGAGGGGGGCAGCGGCGCAGGGAGGGGGGGAGGAGGGGAAGGUUGAGGGGGUGGUGGGGGGGGGAUCAGGACCCAUGGCAACGCCAGCGUCGGUGCUGCGGCCCAAGGCUCUGGCGUUUGGCACAGGGGGCCCUGCGGGGGGCCAGUAUGGGGGAUCCAUGGGGCGGCGAGCAGGGCUCAAGGCCAUGAGCGGGUUCAGAGCGCCACUCAGAACGCCCGCUGCUGCUCCCGGCAGCCAUGGCAGCGGCGGUGGCACCGCAGGGAGAGAGGUGUGA